AUGGCUUCAACCAGUCCGAGAUCGCUCCUCUUGCUUGUGCUAGCGGUGGCAGUGGUUGUAUCUGACGCGCACCUUCAGCUAUCAGAAACGUUCUAUGAUGCCACAUGUCCACAAGCCGCAUCCAUCGUCCAACAGAAGGUGAAUGCGUUUGUGGAUGCCGAUCGAGGCCUCGCUGCAGCUUUGAUGCGACUUCAUUUCCACGACUGCUUUGUCCGGGGUUGCGAUGGGUCCGUCCUUCUCAAUUCUACCGACACAAUGUUGACUGAGAAAGAAGCACUGCUAAACAAAGGAUCGCUACGAGGAUUCGAGCAGAUAGAUGAAAUUAAGAUGGAGCUCGAGUGCGCAUGCCCAGGUGUGGUAUCUUGUGCCGAUAUUUUGGCAUUGGUUGCCCGAGACGCCACUGCGAAGGUUGGAGGCACUAGCUGGCCCGUGUUCUUGGGUCGUAUAGAUGGAGGAGCUUCAUUCGCCGAUGAGGUCAACAGUAGUUUACCUGAACGUACAGACAACUUCACGCAACUCGUCGCCAGGUUCGCCAGAGUUGGACUCGAUGCCAGAGACAUGGUUAUAUUAUCAGGAGGACAUUCUAUUGGACAAGUUCACUGCGGCGCGUUUUUCGAGCGCCUCUACAACUUCCAGGGACUCAACAUCACCGAUCCCUCCAUGGACCCUGAGUUUGCUGCCAUGCUCAAGGUCCAGUGCCCUCAGACCAAGCCCUUCGGAUUCAUGGCUUUGGACGCCACCAACGGCACCUUCGACUCCGCGUACUACUUGGACCUGCUGACGAACAAGGGCCUGCUGGAGUCGGACGUGGCGCUCUUAAGCGACCCUCUGGGCGUGGAAUAUGCCAUCAGAGCAGUGCAAGAUCCCAUGGCCUUCCUGAACGAGUUUGGAUGGGCCAUGAUCAAGAUGGGCGCCAUUCCUGCACUCGAGCCAUAUGGCUGGAGAAGACACUGCGCCUUUGUUGAACCCAAAUUCUAG